AUGUUUUUGAUGCGAUUCGGAAAGAAGGCCGCCAUCUCCUUGACAAUUUUUGCAUUGUCAUACGUUCCAUACAUUGGACGUCUGGUACUCCCGGCUGCCAGUUUCUACACCUUCAACUCCGUUGUAGGGCUCGGGCCAGCUGCCAUCGUUUUUGGCACAGGCUUAUUUCUACCACGAAGAUACUUGGUAGUCUUCCUACAAAGUUACUUUGCAUCAAGAAGUCUAAUGAGAGAACUCCUCGAGCCCUACUUCUCACGCAUCCGCUUCACCAAACAAGAAAAGAAACGUUGGUUCCACGAACGAGAAGGGAUCCUUUUCGGAUUCGGCGUCGGUUUCUACAUCUUCCAACGCAUUCCUCUACUCGGAGUUCUCAUUUACGGAAUCGCUGAAGCUUCCACUGCCUAUCUAAUCACCAAGAUCACAGAUCCUCCACCACCUCCAACGGAAAGUGAGGGGUUCGCAGCCAGUCAGCAGACAUGGAAGAAUAAGCAUGAGAUCUUGAAUUUGAAGCUUGCGGAUUUAGAUACGAGUAAGAUUACUAAACCUAUAUCGCAAGCAGCGAAUUCUACGUCGAGACCUGAAGCUACUUCGACGGGGAUUCCAUCGGAUGCACCGCCACCGUAUAGUGAUAUCCGGUCGAGAUGA